AUGAAUGAAGAAAUUGAUGAAUAUGAUAUUUACCACCAGGACUUUACGACUGCAUCUGAAUGGGAAGUGUUUAUAGCACGAUUAGAGGAGGUUAUUAGUGAGUGGCAUUUGUCUAAAUCGAAAUUGCAUAAACGAUGUACAGAAUACACUAAGAAGUGGUUGACGAAGUCAGAAGAAUUCAAAUUUAAUGGCAUCAUUUUUACACUUUCCUUUCAUAUGCUGGAGCCAGCCAAAAACUCCUUUGAUUUGGAAAACACCGAUGAUCAGUUGCUUCUUCCUGAAUUACAAAGAGGAUUAUUGGAUUCAGCAUCUAAUUUUAUAGAAGAUGUCGAUGGAAGUCUCUUCCCUGUUUCUAAUUGGUUUGGAUUAAAAAGAUAUUUAAUGUUAAACUCUAACUGUCCACUUGUAGAUGGCAGUAUAAUAAAACUUGUUAUGAGUUCAGUAAAUAUAGCAUUUGCAAAUGUCGAUUGUGGUGUGCCUUUUUUUGUAAAAAUCAGGGAACAUUGGCAGCAUGUCUAUUUAGGUAUCUAUGAAGAUAAUGAUAUUAAGAUUAACUUUGAUACAAUACACUUGAAAAGGAUUUCAAAUCAGUGCUCUCAUCUUAGUGGUUUAGUGAGUCUGUUUAAGUCUAAGAUUGCAUCCCCUGUUGCUCUCGAUGCUGUUCUAAUUUCUGCUAAAUUCUGUUAUGAGCUGAAAGACUCCGAUACAUUUGCAUGGAAGCAGAGAACUUUGUCAAAUGAAUUCUUAUCAAUUGAAGGCUUUGAUGUAAAGAAACUGAUAGAACUUCCAUUUGGUGCAGAAAAGAAUCCUAUACAUAGUGCCUUGUUAAAUACAAUUUGGCCUCAGUUCCGUGAGAGUGCUAUAGUUGAUUCCUCCACAUUUUCUGAUAUUGAUCCAAUAAUGGCUCCAACUUGGACUAUAACUCUCAAGUUAAAAAGCAACAUACAUUGUCAGUUAUCUGAAAUUAUUAGUAAGAUGAUGGAACUAUUAGAUGAGAAAAAUUUACUCAUGGAUAUUUUAGGAUUAAGUAAGAGCUUAGGUUUGAUCAAUCCAUUGCAUAAAAUAACAGAAGCCCCCAUAACAAUUUCCAAACUUGUUAAAGCUGCUAUGGGUCAAAGCUCAAGUAUCACAGAGUUUAAAGGUCCUAUAACAGAUGAUUUGUUGAUGCCACUCUUAUACUAUGUGUUUCCGGAUGCAGUUGAAAAUAGUACUUUUACAUAUCCUUCACAGCUAGAUGUGGAAUCUAAGCAAAAUGAUGGCAAUGAGUCAAAACUAUGCAAUUAUGUGAAAACAAGUCCUGAAGAUGGUCUAGUCUGGAGGCUGUCUGUAACAGCUGCCCGCCUUUUAGAUGCUGGUGGACUACCAUACUUAGCACAUUUCUGGUAUGAGUUUGUGCAAGAGCUUCAGUAUCGAUGGGAACAUCGGAUUCUUGUGCCAGGGUAA